AUGAGCCUGGAUCGUCGAGAAACUGCACGAAAUGAACAGCCGGAUAAUGAGGAGAGGAAGGCGCUGCAAAGUCUCGCGCGACUGCCCUCGCCUUCUAUUAAACAUGAAAAGUCAACGGUAACUUUAAUUUCUGACUUAGAAGCUUAUCAGAAUCGUGUGCCACCUUCCUUCUUCCACCGAGCUAGAAACAAUCUGUCUGAACCGGUCGUUGCGGCAUUCAUUGCAGGAGGAGUGGCUGGUGCGGUUUCCAGAACAAUUGUCUCGCCCCUGGAGCGCUUGAAAAUAUUGCUUCAGAUUCAAAGCGCCGGAAGAGAUGAUUAUAAUAGGCUAUCAGUUUGGAAGGCUCUGGUGAAGAUGGGCCGAGAGGAAGGCUGGAGAGGCUUCAUGCGAGGGAACGGUACAAAUUGUAUCCGUAUCAUUCCUUAUUCCGCUGUGCAGUUUGGAAGCUACAAUUUCUACAAGAAAGUAAGCAACACUAUUCCGGCUGAUUCCAGUUCUCCUCAAGAACCGUUCAGAUUCUCACUAUUGAGAUCUGAACAAUAUUGUUUGGGAUUUGCGUUCUCUGCGUUCCAUACGGAGCUAAUCGUUCCCCAGUUUGCAGAGCCGUCUCCUGGCGCUGAAUUAAGUCCAAUUAGUCGCCUCAUCUGUGGAGGAAUUGCAGGCAUCACCUCUGUCACCGUCACUUAUCCUCUCGAUAUCGUCCGUACACGACUUUCGAUUCAGUCUGCAUCCUUUGCCGCCCUGGGCAACAGGACUCCCGGCGAAAAAUUACCAGGCAUGUUCCAAACGAUGGUUCUGAUGUAUAAAAACGAAGGAGGUUUUCUCGCCUUGUAUCGUGGUAUCAUUCCCACCGUGGCGGGGGUUGCUCCCUACGUGGGCCUCAAUUUUAUGGUCUAUGAAUCUGUGAGGAGGUGCCUGACACCUGAAGGGGAUAAGAAUCCCAGCUCUUUUCGAAAGCUGUUAGCUGGAGCCAUCUCAGGAGCAGUUGCACAGACUUGCACGUACCCAUUUGAUGUUUUGAGACGACGAUUUCAAAUAAAUACCAUGACAGGGAUGGGUUAUCAUUAUACAUCCAUCUGGGAUGCUAUCAAGAUCAUUGUAGCUGAAGAAGGUAUACGGGGCCUGUACAAGGGUAUUGUUCCUAACCUGCUAAAGGUAGCACCAAGUAUGGCCAGCAGUUGGCUCAGUUUUGAGGUCACUCGCGACUUCUUCCUUAGUCUCGGGGACAAAUAA